AAUAGAUUUUUAACAACCGCUUUUACCCACUACUUGUUUCAAUUAAAGAAAAAAUGAGUGAACAGCGAGAAACAGGUUAUGGACCAGGUAGAAGAAAAGCUGUUCGUAAAGGAAUGUUUUCAAAAGAUUUAAAACUACUAAUGUAUGGCUUUGGUGAUGUUGCUAAUCCUGCAUCAGAUUCCAUAGCUGUGAUGGAUGAUUUAGUAAUUGAUUAUAUUUCAGAAAUGUGUCAAAAAGCAGCUGAAGUAGCAGAUAACAGAGGCAAAGUUAAAGUGGAAGACUUUAAAUUCGUUUUACGUAAAGAUGCAAAGAAAUUAGCGCGUGUGGAAGAACUGUUGUACAUGAGUGAAGAUAUCCGUCGAGCUAAACAACUGUUUGAUGAAAAGGAAAUGGAUCCAGCUGAUGAAGUGUAA